AUGGAAAAAGCUGACAAUUUAGGUGAGUUUCUUGAAGCUCAAACUCAUGUGUGGAAUGCAAUGUUCCAUUUCAAGAAAUCUGCAUGUGUAAAAUGCGCAGUUGAGUUGGGAAUCCCAGAUGUGAUCAGUAAUCAUGGGAAGCCCAUCACACUUUCUGACCUGAUUUCUGUCCUCCCAAUCCAUCCUUCUAAAUCUGCCCACAUUUUUCGCUUAAUGCGAUUCUUGGCUAACUCUGGAUUCUUCGUUGAAAACCCUCAAGGCUAUGCACUCACCUCUGCAGGUCGGCUUCUUUUGAAAGAUGAGCCAUUCAAUGUACGGGCACACAUUUUUCUAUCAUGUGAUCCUGCCCUGUUGAAGCCCUGGAAUUUCUUGACCGAGUGGUUCCAGAAUGAUGAUCCCUCUCCAUUUGAUACUGCGUAUGGGAAUAAUUUCUGGCAUUACAACGCUCAAGAAGUUCGAUUUGGAAAAAUGUUUAAUGAGGCCAUGGCUAGUGAUAAUCACUUAAUCACGAAAGUAUUGGUUGCAGAAUUCAAAUAUGUGUUUGAAGGCCUGACAUCUUUGGUGGAUGUUGGGGGUGGCACCGGCACGGUUGCUAGGUCCAUUGCCAAAGCCUUCCCCAACUUAAAGUGCACUGUUCUUGAUCUCCCACAUGUGGUUGCCAACCAAGAGGAAACUCAGAACUUGGACUUCGCUGCAGCAGAUAUGUUAGAGGAGGUACCACCAGCCAAUGCAAUCUUACUCAAGCGGAUUCUCCAUGACUGGAGCGAUGAAGACUGUGUGAAGAUACUCAAGAACUGCAAAAAGGCCAUUCCAGGAAGAGACAAAGGGGGAAAAGUGAUUAUCAUAGACAUGGUGAUGAAGAGCCAGUUAGAAAAUCAUGAGUCAGUUGAAGCCCAGAUAUGUUUGGACAUGCAGAUGAUGUUGGUUCUUUAUGGUGCCAAAGAAAGAACUGAGAAAGACUGGGCAAUACUCUUCUGGGAUGCUGGUUUCAACAGCUAUAAAGUCUUUCCAGUGUUGGGUACAAGGGAUCUCAUUGAGGUUAAUCCCUAA